AUGCGGAUUGUUUGGACAUAUCAAAAGCCUCAUCGGUAUCGAUUUGAUUCAUUCGCACCACUCCGUAAUGACAGCAAAGUAAAAUGGUUUGUUGAUGGCAAAGAUUAUAUGUCUGCCGUUGCUGAUGCCAUUGAAGCUGCGCACAAGGAAAUACUUAUUACUGAUUGGCAAAUGAAUCCCUAUAUCUUUAUGAAAAGGCCUGAUAAUGGCGUAGACAAUCUGAAAUGGCGACUGGAUAAGAUGUUGAUGAGAAAAGCUAGCGAAGACGUUAAAGUGUAUAUUCUACUGUACUGGGAAACGAAGGUAGCACUCGAUGUCGGCAGUGAUCAUACAAUUUCAACUUUAAACAAACACCACAAUAUAGUGGUUUAUCGUCAUCCACACCGUUUCAACAUAUUAAAACACUUUUUUACGAAAAUACUAUGGAGCCAUCAUGAAAAACUUAUUAUUAUUGACAGGCGGAAAGCUUUUGUUGGUGGGAUUGAUCUUUGUAAUGGUCGUUGGGAUACUCCAUCUCAUGAGCUGAUGGACGACUAUCCGCUUCAUCCAUGUACUGAGGAACAUUGUGAAAAUAUGAAAGCAGGUAACACAUAUGAACGAUAUCGUCGAUGGGUUGGCAAAGAUUAUAAAAACGAAUUUUUUUCAGACGGAAGUAAAAUUAAUUGGGAAAAGCCCAGUGAUGAUUAUGAAUAUAUUAAUAGAAAUCAAAUUCCUAGAAUGCCAUGGCAUGAUGUAGCGUGUGCGUUUACCGGCGAUGCGGUCUCGGAUGCAGUAAAGCAUUUUCGUCAACGAUACUAUGCUAAACCCAGUUGGUGCACAUGGGGUCUUCCAGAUUUGCCAAUAGAGCUUGAUGUAUCGGACAGUAAAGUGCUUGAUAUCGAUGACAGCUUAUUCACAAAGGUUAACAUUCAAGUUCUUCGUUCUGUUGACAAUUGGUCAGCUGGGCAACCCCACGAAGCCUCCAUUUAUAACGCUUAUCUUAACGCAAUUGAAAAUGCAGAGAAAUACAUUUACAUCGAGAAUCAGUUUUUUAUCUCAUCCCAACCAGACGUGGAGAAUCAGAUUCAAUCGGCUUUGGCGAAUCGCAUUCAUCGUGCCUACAAGAAUGGUGAGGAUUUUCACGUGAUGAUAGUUAUGCCUUUGAAACCAGAAUUUGGUCCCGAGGAUUGGAAAUCAAACUGGCCAUUAAAUGGUUUAAAAAGACUAAGUUACUGGAACUAUGCCACUCUUUUUACGGGGAAGCACUCAUUAAUAUAUAGACUGAAAGAGUUGAACCCAGACAUUUCAGUGAAUAGUUAUUUUAGCAUCUAUGGAUUACGUACACACGGCUUGCUGGGCAAGAAUAUGGCAACUGAAAUUAUUUAUGUGCACAGCAAAUUGAUGAUCGUCGAUGAUCGAGUUUCUAUUAUCGGUUCAGCUAACAUCAACGACAGAAGUAUGCUUGGUGGACGAGAUUCGGAGAUGGCUGUCAUAGUUGAGGAUGUAGAAAUGGUCGAGGGAAAGAUGAAGGAUAAAGAAUGGAAAGUUGGAAAGUUUUCACAUUCCUUAAGAUGUCGUCUUCACAAGGAACAUUUGGGGCUUUUGAACACGGAAAAUAUAGUAAAUAGCUCGAAGAAAAUACAGGAUCCUUUGUUGCAAUCUUUUAUUACAGAAAUGUCUCAACAAGCUGAUAAAAACACUGAAAUUUACGAGAAGGUGUUUGGCAGGAGAAUAUUGCCACAAAAUGAAGUGAGGAAUAUGGACGACCUCAAAAAAUGGAUGCAGGAGAAAGGUCUUGUCCACAAUGAUGAAAAGCUUGCUAACGAAGAACUGAAAAAAAUUCAUGGACACAUCGUUACGUUCCCAGGUCUUUUCUUAAUAGAUGUACUUAGCUCUUCAAUAGUUGACAAGACUGGAGUAUAUAGAACGGCUGAGUAAACGUGCAUGUAAAAUUAGCGAAAUGCGCGAAAAUUCAACAGAUCAAUUCCGGCUUGGCACAUUCACUAGCUGUUAAGAUAUGAACAUCAAACGAAAAGACAUAAGCAACAUAGCAUUGCGUGCAUAAUUAAGGAGAUAUGACAUAUGUCAGAUUAAAUAAUAUUCGUACUUGUUAUUGUAAUAUCGUUGUUCGCUGAUAUUUAACUUGUUGUUUGUUCCACAAAAAAGUCAUAAUAAUUUCACGUACAAUCCGAAUGUUAUUGCCGAAUCACGAAUAAUUUAACAGGUUAUGGGCCCAGGAGCGUUUGAGUUUCUGUUGAUGAUAGCAAAUAAGGAAAGUAUAUAAGAUAUCGCGAUAUUAUAAGAAUACAUAAGUGCGAAAUAUUGAAUAUGUGGACUUUGGGAAAUAACGAAGCGUUUACACGGAUGGAAAAGAUCAACGGCAAGAACUUUCACCUUUGGAAGUUUAAGAUGCAGAUGAUAAUUGAAGAGAAGGAUCUCUGGCAAAUAGUUAUCGGCGAUGAGGUAGAACCUAAUGGUGAUAAACCUCAAAGUAUGGUCAUGAAGGCUAAAUCCUGUUAUUAAUUUGCCUUCGUUUUUAUCAUACAUGUUCAACUAACUUUUCGUUUGCAGAAAUUCCUUCAUUUGCGUCCGACAUUGGACAAGGCGCUUGAAAAGUUACUGCAAUCUUCCGAAUUUCUCGACGAAGCCUACAAAUCGUUGUCCAAAUUCUUGCAAACAAUUGAUUGGAGAGAUGGAGAUAAACAUCAAGACUUUUCUCCGAAAUACGGGUAAUUUUUAUUACCUUUAGGCAAAUCUCAAUAAUAGACGGGAGCAUAUAGAAACAAAGAAUAGAUCCAACGCGGUUUGAAAGAGCUUGAAGUCGUGGGGAGGUCGAAUGUAUAGUGGGAGAGGGGAGGGAGGGGGAGUGGACAGGGGGUUACUGCUGUAGCAUUCUUAAGAUAACAAAAUCUAAAAACAACACAAGACAAAACGUCGAAAGGUUUUUAAUUCAAAAUGUAAAUUAUCAUCGCAAAAUAAAAUACGGAAUACGG